GUCACCAGGCAUCGAGUCAUUUGGCUCGACAGCGAGCACCGCGUCAUGGCAAGGGUGGACUCCGAGUCAACAGGCACGACAGUGGGCACUGGGUCAUCAGGUAACCGGAUUGUCUGGCUCGACAGCGGGCAUCGGGUCACCAGGUAUCAGGCAGUGGGCACCGGGUCACCAGGCAUUGGAUCGUCUGGCUCGACAGCGGGCAUCGGGUCAUUUGGCUCGCCAGCGGGCACCGCGUCAUCUGGCAAGGCAGUGGGCACUGAGUCACCAGGUACGACAGCGGGCACCGGAUCAGGUACCGGAUCAUCUGGAUCAACAGCGGGCAUCGAGUCAACUGGCCUAAUAGGAUCGUCAGGCUGGAUCAGUUCAUCAUGCUGGGUAGAGGCAUCAGGCUGAAUGCCGGCGUCCGGCUGAGUAGAGGCUUCAGGCCGAGAGUAGGCAUCAGGCCAGAGUAGAGGCUUCAGGCCGAGUAGAGGCAUCAGGCCGAGUAGAGGCAUCAGGCCGAGUAGAGGCUUCAGGCCGAUGUAGAGGCAUCAGGCCGAGUAGAGGCUUC